UAUCAGCUGCUGAAAGCUGGACAGACGAACGGUGUGGAGAGACCGAUAGAGGGGCGAGAGAGGGUGGGGGGGUGAGGCGGAGGAUGGAGACUCCCUCGUCGUUGUCGGCGGUGACGGUGGUACAGAUGGGUGCGACUCUCCUCAGCUGAGCUGGCCACCGAUCCAGUUGCCCCGGCGGUCAUCCAAUGCAGUCUGGAUCGAGCUGACCGCGGUUGCAUAGCGCACAUCCUGCGAAUGAGACUUCGCUAUCACAGCUGGCACCAUGCUACCCCGUAACAUACGUACAGGUGGUUAUAACCUGCCAGGGGUGGAAUCAGACAAUGUGCCCCUCAUUGGCUUUCGACCUUUAUCACCUGACAGAGGAACCAUAAGUGGCCACUCAGGGAGGAGAGCCGCUGACGCUGAAGUGCAAAGUUCGCAGGCGGAGCCCUCUCCGAUGAAGACUACCUGGUACUGUCCUCUAGAUUUGCCCACUGUGGUGGAGGAGGAGGAGGAUGGGGUGAUCUACACAGUUACUGUCAAGCAGCACCAUGGUGGACCCAACAGUCCAAUGUCCACAGUUUCCAAAUCCCAGUGUGUGAAAGCAGGCACAGAAGAGAAGUUGGUGCUCCACCUCCUCCACUCAUUUUGUAUGGGCGACUCCUCCUUCAUCACCAUCUUUCUCUCCACCUAUCGAUCCUUCACCACCACGGGGAGAGUGCUGGACAUCCUCAGUGACAGGCUGGAGAACCCACCCGGGGACAGCGAGAGAAGUCAGAUAAGACAAUCUUUUAACAAAGCAGUGUGUACAGUGUUCAGCACGUGGCUGUCAGAGUAUCCUGAAGACUUUAAGAGUUUGGGGGACCCCUCUCGCUUGCUACGCUUGGCUCCCCUCCUCCCUCAUGACUCCUCAUCUGCUGCUGAUCUCCGCGCUCGCUUCCUCAGGAUAGCCGAGGAGCUCAGCGAGAAAGCCCUGCUCCCAGAUACCCAUAAAGAUCAAACCAGUUUCACCAGCCCUCCUCCUGAUGCCUCCAAGUUUGAACCUACCAGCAUCCUUGGAUUCUCUGGAGCGCUGAUUGCCGAGCAGCUCACCAUGAUAGAGACUGAGCUUUUUGUCCGUCUGGUCCCGUACCACUGCCUCGGAUCGUUGUGGUCUCAGAGGGACAAGAAGGGGAGGGAAGGAGUUUGUUGGUCAGUCCGUGCCACUGUGCGUCAGUUCAACAAGUUGGCCAAUGCUGUUUUAGCAUCCUGCCUCUGGCCGACAAAACUGCGGAGCCAGCAGAGAGCUCGACUGCUGGAGAAAUGGAUCAGCGUGGCAGAGGCGUGUCGAGCCAGGAAGAACUUCUCCUCGCUGUACGCUAUUGUGUCUGCCCUCAAGAGUAACCCCAUCCACCGGCUGAGGAAGACGUGGCAGGACACCGACAGAGAGGCGUUGAGGAAAUAUGAGGAACUGUCAGAAAUCUUCUCAGACAAGGACAACUAUUCACAGACCAGAGAACUCCUGAAGGAGGAGGGCACGUCAAAGUUUGCCAACCUGGAAAACAGGCUCAACAACAGAUACCUUAACAAGUCCAACGCGCAGGGCACCGUGCCCUACCUGGGUAUCUUCCUCACAGACCUCACCAUGCUGGACACGGCAGUCAAAGACAGGCUGGAUAACGGCUACAUCAACUUUGACAAAAGGAGAAGAGAAUUUGAGGUUUUAGCUCAAAUCCGGCUCCUGCAAUCAUCCUGCAAAAACUGUGUUUUCACUGCUGACGAGGCCUUCGUGCAGUGGUAUAACAGCGUGCCUACUCUGAGGGAAGAGGAAAGUUAUAGGCUAUCCAAUGAAAUCGAAGCACCUGGCGACCCGAGCCCUCGCGGUCAUGCCCCAGCUGUCGUUAUCACACAGUGUCCAGAUCUAAGCACCUCCCGAACCAGCCUGGCUGGUGACAGUGACAGCUUCUUUGACUUUCACUCACCCGUCAAUAACCUGCUUUCAAAGCUCACAAAGCAUAUGAGAUCUCCGUCUGUGUCCUGUCUGGAUGUUGACACGUCCCCUCCUACCAAUGAAUCCAACCCUGCCACGCUGACUCCAACCACUCCUACAAAAUCACACCGUCGAUCAGCCUCCUGUGGCAACAAUCCCCCUGGUAACAUCCAAGGGUCAGGGGCAGACAUGCGGAUCAUCAGGAUACGGAUGGACCUGGAGGAUGGAAACCUGUAUCGGAGUAUACUGGUUACGAGCAAUGACAAGACUCCCACUGUGAUCAGCUCUGCCUUAGAAAAGCACAAUCAAGACCCCAAACAGGCAUCCAGAUAUGAGCUGAUACAGCUUCUGCCUGAAGGAAAAGAACUGGUCAUCCCUGCUACAGGAAAUGUCUUUUACGCCAUGACGUCAUCUAGUGUUGAUUUCCUGCUAAGAAGGAAAGACGGGAACUCCCCGUUUGGCUCGCAUCCGAUCAGCACAGAGACGAGCGCCACUUUUCCUCGAAUCAAGGCCAAGGGAAGGAGACUGGUCAGGAAUCUUUUUUGACAUCAGAUUUUUGUCUGCUUUGUCUACCGAGGUGGAGUUCUCUGAUGGUCUCCCAAUGUGAAUGCAGAGUGAGCUCUCACGGACAGUAAAUGUGGCCUUCUCUGUCCAACACAAAACCUACACAUGCCUUUCUCCUGUGCUCCUGCCAAGCUCACCAAAACACCAAGAAGAACUCUGCUUGUGUUUCAGUCAACAUCUCCUUGCAGGAAGGUGUGGCAGAUAUUUCAGAACUCCAGCUGCUGUGUUCAACAGAGCUAUUUGCACUUUUCCAUGCACGCUAAUUUACAUCCCGAGGACGAGCAGUGAAAGCCUUUAAGUGUACCUUUGGUACUGGUUCUCAAGUCCCUGUCAGGUAGCACUUGAUGCUUUUUAUCAUUACAACUCACAGAAAGAAAGAGUUGCUUUAAUUGCUACAAAACACCAAGAAAUCCCUUGUUGUCUUGUGCCUCAUCUGUGACUGACAUUUCCGAAUGUAAAAAAGAUGUGAUUGGUUGGAAUGCGCUUCUGUGAUUACCCAAGAUGCUGUUGAAGGACUUGAAGUGUGUUUUUUUGGGGGAAAUUAGAUUUAAUGAGAUAUGAAUCGGAAUCAAGACAGUGCAAGUGCAUCAUUGUAGCAAAACACUGGAGCUUUUCAAAUGAGACAUAUAUGAUUUGUAUAUAUUUAUAUAUUUUGUAUGUCUGUGUGAUCUCAGCAUUGUGUGACAGGUCCUCGCGUGACAAGUAACUGUUUCAACAAGGAAAAAAUCCUUAAAAUAACUGCAAGAAACAGGCUGACAUGUCCACAGAGAAGGACAGCUAUUUUAGCUUUUACUCAUUUCUCCAUAAACUUAAAGCAGCAAUAAUCAGGAUUUUAGAAUAACACUGAAACUCUGUUGUAAACUGUUGUAAUGAACUGCGGUCAGUUUAUUAUCAGUUCUGAAGCUCUGCUCAGUUUUUAAGGCUCUUUUAGCUCGUUGUUUUGGUUUUACACUCAGAAAUACCACCUUGUUGCAGCUGUCACCAACAGAUAUUACAAAAGCAGCUCUGAUUGGUCAUCUUUUUUACCUGAAUCGAAUACUCAUGCAAUUGUGAACCAACAGGUGAAGUCAGAGAGCCACAUAAUUUUCUCAGGAGCUGCUGGAGACCAAAGUAAACCUCAAGGAAGGCUGGUAAGGACUAAUUAAACCAAGUGGACAAAAUGUAUUUGCAAAGAAAUUUUUACAGUGUCACCUCCCUCAGCUGCACGUGAAUGUACGCAGCUGUGUUGCUACGUUACAGGGUGAUCAAACAUCACUCAGCCUCUUAAACCUCGUGGAUGAAAACUGAUUAUUGCAGCUUUGAACUUUAAGCACUUUUAAAACAGCUUUGCUUCAGUUUGUUACUAGAAAGGAACAUAAGUAAGAGAAAAACACUGCCAUUGCUAAGUUUAAGGUUUUUCAGGUCUGAUACUUUCAACAGAGCAUAAGCUAAACUUAAUUUAUGCAGAUUUUCCAGUAGCUCAGCAGGAGUCCAUCUUCACUGCAGUUUACACAGACCGCAAAGCCUCAGUUCCAGCGUCGUGGCUUCAGUGAACAUCUUAACUUCAGUGUAUGUCUCUUUGAAACAAAUCUUGUGACCUCUGGUCGUCCCGGGUCAGUGCUGGUGAGGCUCCUUUUACCGGCCGAGGCACGAGCACUGAGGGGCCAGGGAGAGGAUUGUGGGUAUUAAAAAAAAGACGUGCAAGCAUGAUCCCAUGCUACAGAUUGUUUUAGUGCCUUUCUCUGCUGGGUGCUCACUUUCUCAUGUUUGCAUUAGAAUGUAUACAGUCCACGUGGAGGAACUGCAGACAACUCCAGUGCUGUGUAGUUCCACAUCAAAGCUAUUUAUGCACUACAUACAGUAUGUCCUAUUUUUGUGGUAAUAAAUUUACUUUUAUAUGAAUUUUAAUUGUUUUUGACUGAUGUUCAGUACUGAGAUGUUUUUCAUGCUGCUGAGUAUCCCAUAAAAAACAAUUAAAGUUGUUGCUACUUGUCAAAAA